AUGGCCAUAGCUGCUACCGGGACUUGGGGAAGACCGGUUGAUGUCUCCACUUAUGCGUUACUGGACUUACUGCACCCUAUGCCUAUUUUGGUUGGUCGACGACGGCAGCAGCAGGCAGAAGAAUGGAAGAGUGCGUGGGGCCAGGCUCGUAUAUUCGUAUACGUCGACCGACACGGAGAAUUGAACCUCCAUUUUAUGGCGAAAAAGGCACGGUGA